AUCUCGUUUUGUGUAGCUUCCGAACAAUUGGGUAUGCGGAUUAUAAAUAACAGUUCCAUUUUUUCGGUUCAGGGUAGUAAAUUGAUUUAGGAUUGUCAAGAGCCCAAGCGUCUAAAUUUUAAGUCAAAAAAUUCUGAAAUGUCACAUGUCAUGCUCGGUAACCGAAAUUGGUCAUCGCUUAAUAGCAGAUAAUGACAGAGUAUUCUCUUCGAAUUUUUAUAUGUUUAUACUUUCUGCGUUGGACUGCCGAAUGCGCCAGUAGUGAUACUAGGAACAAAUACAAAGGCACCUUUGGUGAAACACCGGCCCAUUACGAGAUUGUGGUACCUCACAAGAUUACCGAAACAGGGGAGUUUAUAACACACACAAUCCCACACCAUUUUAAACGAAGUUAUUACGAAAAGCGACAAGAGAAAGCCAUGGGUCCUGAGGAUACCAUUCACUACAUGGUACCAAUUUCUGGAGAGAAACACCAUUUGGUGUUAUCCCCAAACAAUGAUGUAAUCGCGCCUGGAAUGAUAGUUGAAAUUCACGAUGGCCGAAAAAUAUCAGAUCGAAAAAUACGUAAACUUGGUAAUACCCAGUGCCAUUAUAAAGGAAACAUCAAAGGACAAAAAGGAUCGACUGUUGCAUUAUCCACAUGUUACGGAUUGUCAGGGUAUAUUCGAACAAAGGAUGGACAUUUCAUAAUAGAACCUGUCGAAGGUCACGAUGCCUUGAGUGGAAAUGAACACGAGCACAUUUUGUACGCCCAUGAAACCGAUCCACCGUUAGAUGAUGUGAAUUGCGAAAUGAAAGGGAAUUUAGCGAAGAUUCUGGCCCGGAGAGCCGUAAACGAAAAUCGCAAAAGGGAAGACGGUGGCAAACCUUGUAACACAUCCGAAUAUCACAUCGAAGCAAUGGUGGUUAUCGACAAAACCAUGUUAGAACGUCACAAGGAGAUUGAUGUCGAAAACUAUGUACUGACAGUAUUCAACAUGGCUCACGCUUUAUAUCACGACGCCUCACUGGGAACAAACAUAAAUUUAGCAAUCGUUAGAUUAAUUCGCUUGGAAGAAGAGGAAAAUAAGCUGAAUCUCGCUAUAAAUAAAAACGCGAGAAAGACAUUAGAAUUCUUCCAAGACUGGCAGCAAAAAAUAAAUCCAGGGGACGACACCCACCCCAACCAUCACGACCUGGCUGUUCUUCUUACAAGAAUCGAUAUCUGUGGCGACGAAAAUAAUUGCGGUAUUUUGGGAGCCUCUGUGGUAGGGGGCGUAUGUGAUCCAAAACACCAGGCAGUUCUUUGCGAAGACAGUGGCUUACGCUUAGGCUUCGUCAUCGCACACGAAAUCGGGCACACACUAGCAAUUCCGCAUGAUGGGAAAGAGAUCGGUUGUAACGCAUCUCUUCCGAAUGGGCUUUCCACCGUCAUGAAUCCAUCGGUUAAUAUUAGGUCAUCCGAAUGGUCGACUUGCAGUAGAAAGUUUCUGUCCAUGUUCAUCGAGCAAGGUUAUGGAAAAUGUCUCCUCGACCCACCCACCGACCACAGCUUCGAAAUGCAAGAUAUUUUACCCGGCGUAAUGUACGGUGGAGAUUUUCAGUGCAAGGAGCUUCUGGUCCCAUCCGCCACACUUUGUGACGUCGGAAUAGAAUGUGACAACCUAAUAUGUUACGUUGAAGAAAAAGGAUGCAUAGAAACUCAUACAGCGGCCGCGUCGGGUACCAACUGUGGAGAAAAGAAGUGGUGUUUCAGAGGAAAAUGUCUAGAAAUGGGUGAAAGACCUGGAGCAACCGACGGUGGCUGGUCGUCGUGGUCACAUUGGGGUACCUGCUCAAGAACUUGCGGCGCCGGAGUUGCCACCCAAGAACGUCACUGUGACAAACCAGCGCCUUCUCAUGGCGGUAAAUACUGCAGCGGUGAACACAAAAGGCACAAAAUAUGUAACACGCAGCCAUGCGAAAUUGGGGCGCCAUCAUUCAGAAAUGUGCAGUGCUCCGAGUUUAACGAGUGGGUGUAUCCCGAGGACAACCAAGUUCACCAGUGGAAAGCGAUCCAUAUGGGGAACGAAAACCCGUGUGUUUUGUUUUGUGUAAAUGACCAAGGCGAUAUCGCCUCACUGCGUCCAAGAGUGGAGGAUGGCACAAAAUGCGUACGGGGUUUGCGAGAUAUAUGCAUUGACGGCAUUUGCAGGGAAAUUCCAUGCGAUUUAAAUCUGGAAUCAAACGCAGUGGAGGACUGGUGCGGGGUUUGCAAAGGAGACGGAACCUCUUGCAAGGUAAUAUCGGGACAGACCCGCUUCGUGCUUAACAAGGAAACUCGAAAUAAACCAGAAAAGUUAGUGAAUAUCCCGUCUGGAUCCGUUAAUAUCAAAAUUGAAGAGACCCUUCCUUCCGAUUCUACGAUACAAGUAAGAGGUUGUUCGUCAAAUACGACUCUACUUGAAGGCGAUGUUCCAGGCAUUUACAACAUAUCUGGCAGUAAAGCUUGGUUAGGCAGUAUUCGAACGAAGCAGGAAGCUCUGAGUAUACCUGGAACUAUAAACAGGGAUAUAUCUAUAUGGAUUUUAGUGUCGGGAGAUGUGACCGUAAAGUAUUCGUACGGGGUUCCGAGUACUUCAAACAGAACGCCGUCUUUCGAUUGGGAUUAUUUAGAGUGGAGUAGGUGCUCCGCGCAGUGUGGUCCUGGAACAGAGGUCGCCGUUCCCAAAUGUAAAGAAAAAAUUGCAGGCCUAGUAGAUGACCAUUAUUGUAAAAGUAAGGGUAAGCCUGCAGAACGGAUCAGACCAUGUGAAGUUGCACCGUGUGUCCCAAGAUGGAUGAUUGGCGAUUGGCAGGAGUGCAGCAGCUGCCCCCAUGGUAAGCGUCUGCGUCUUGUAAAGUGCGUAAUACCCACGGGUGAAGGAGAAGGCGAAUCGGACGUCAUUCCUGAUUACCGAUGCGCCCCGCCAAAACCAAAGGAGAAGGAGAAGUGCAAUUGUGAUUCACACAAGAAGUAUUCAAAACGUGGAAAUAAACUAUCGGAUUCGCAACAAGAAGUCAAAUUUCCCCAGGCUGAUGACGAUCCCUCCUCUACCAAAAAGUCAACAAACGCGCCUUCUGCUGAUUUGGAUUCAAUUUUAAACGCUAACCAGCUUAAAGUCGCGGUGGACAAAGAAGAUCCGAAAGAGGUCAACAUAACAAUUCAUGAUGACAACCAGUCGCUCUCCGAAUCAUGCAAUCGUUCAAAUAAAUCAAAAUCUAUAACUUUAACUAACAAGGAGGCAUUAAAAUACAUCGACAAGUUAUCGAAGGAUUUAGGUACCAAUAAACCAAAGGUUUAAUUCCAAUUAGUGUAAGACUUAUUGUAUUAAUAUACACUAUUUUUAUAAUAUAA